UUGAUCGCAUACCGAGUGGUCGACUCGUCGAGUCGUCUACGCGCUUCUGCGAAGCUUUUCGCCUGCAUUUUGUUUGGGUUGGGACUCCACCCGAUCGUCGUCAGCGAAUGAGCUGCAAAAGAGGCGAGGCCGCAUCUUAUGUCUGCUGCUCCAUUCGAAGUCGUUGAUGCGGAGCAGUUCGCCGACCGACCCUCCCCCUAAAGCCAAAGAAAUCGCUCUCUCUCUCGUUCACCAGGUUGGACUUGGUUCUGGACUACCUCUUGAUCAUGUUCAGAAGGAAGCAUUGCUCUAAUGAUGACCAGGAUCAUGCUGCUCCACAAGAAGAAAAGGUCAAAGAGCUCAGAGCUGCUAUUGGACCCUUAUCCGGACAUAGCUUAAUGUUCAGCGACGAUGCAUGCCUGCGGAGAUACCUGGUAGCUCGGAACUGGAACAUUGAUAAGUCAAAGAAAAUGUUACAAGAGACACUUAAGUGGAGAGCGACUUAUAAGCCAGAGGAAAUUCGUUGGCAUGAAGUUGCAGUCGAAGGCGAAACCGGUAAGGUGUAUAGAGCAGAUUUUCAAGAUCGCGAGGGGAGAUCUGUUCUUGUGCUGAGACCAGGGAAACAGAACACAACGUCGCAUGACAACCAACUCAGGCAUCUGGUGUAUCUCCUAGAAAAUGCCAUUAUCAAUUUACCCGAUGGCCAAGAGCAAAUGAUCUGGCUGAUAGACUUCACAGGAUGGUCACUAAGCAACUCGGUGCCCAUCAAGACUGCUCGAGAGACGGCAAACAUCUUGCAGAGUCACUAUCCUGAGAGGCUUGCGGCUGCAUUCCUUUACAAUCCUCCAAGAAUUUUUGAAUCAUUCUGGAAGAUAGUUAAGUAUUUCUUGGACCCGAAAACCUUUCAGAAGGUGAAGUUCGUAUACCCAAAGAACGAAGAGAGCAUGGGAGUAAUGCAUAAGAACUUUGAUCCGGAGAUACUACCCGAGGAAUUUGGAGGAAAGAGCAAGGUACAAUAUGACCAUGAUGAGUUCUCAAAAUUGAUGUCAAAGGAUGAUGUUAAGACUGCGAGCUUUUGGAAACCGGACGAGAAGACCACCUUGGUUGCACCGGAACCUGCACAUUUUGUUGCCCAAGCAAGUUGACCAAACCAUUAGCUUGUAGAACCAAAUUGAACGAACCAUUCAAUCCGCCUGACGUUGUUAUUAUGAACUAAGGUCGUCAACCUUGUGCAGGAAGGAAACGGUCUCUCUUCUUCUCUACUUGUUUUAGGAUCUCCACUAAAUAAAGCACUUGGUGUUUCCGGAUUUCAGUUCGUCGAUGGAAUAAGAAUGAGAAAGUGAUUUUUCUCU